GGCAGUGUGUCAUUGACGCCUUAUCAAGCACUGACUACGUUUAUAAAGUUUUCGCUAAAUAUCUUUGUCUCAGUUGCAGUUUCUCUUUCACGUGUGUCAUCACUUUAUCAGGGUUUAUCGGCUUUAAUUUACAAACAGUGACGAUAUCUGGAUAUAUCACUUGUGCACAUAGUUCCAGUGACGGCUCAUAAACGGUUUAGCGCUUUGGACGCUUACAUGUGAAGUGUCUCGAACAAAAUGGGGAACUCAAGGAGUCGGAAAGUUACGAUUACCCAGGAGGAACCGGCGAAGACUGGAUCGAAUCAAGACAGGAUUAGUACGAUAAAAAACGAAGUAUCUCAACCAGUGAUCGAAAAGAAAGAAGAUAAGUAUGUGCAAGAGCAGAGAGACAAGGAAAACGACAAUGCAAGCAGUGCAUCUACCGUUGAAGUGUUAGAUGAUAAGUGAUCUUAUUAUGUGUUAUUUCUGUUUAAAAUUUUAAGUCAUCUCUAUUUUUAUAAAUAUUAAAUAUUUUGUAAUAUACCCGUAGUUCGCUGUGUUAACGUUAUCUGUAAACGUGUUGACAGACAACGUAAACAGAACGAUUUACUUUUACCUAAAGGAGGUGUUAAUAAAGUAAUCCAAAUGUAAAAAUGAUUACUUACCUAUCAUUAUUGGUAGACUUGAAUAAUAAUUGUAAUUGUGUGUCGUAUUGAAAUAUAAACAUGCAAACUUAAAUACCACAUGUGAGUGUUUGUUUUGUGUGUAAAAUAAUCUAAGGCAUGCGAUUUGAUAAGGUUUUUUUAUGCCUGUAAAUAAACUCUAGAUAGAAAUGAUUGCACUUCAUUCUACCUUAUAAUGUCUCUCGUUAUUUUUCUUUGGGUAUGUAACUAGGUAACUACCUAAUAAAAGUUGUGUCAAAAUGUGUUAGUAUACUUUCAGCAAUGCGUCAAGACAAACAAAUACAAUAAAAAUCAUCCUUGUAUUUAAUUCUUCAAAAGCGCAAUCCCUGUUUCAUAAGAUGUUUUCAAAGAAAAAAAAGUCAAUAUAAUUGUCUUGGUUGUCAUGUAUGACAUAGAAAAAUAAUCAAUGCCUGUCAUGGCGUAUCCUGUGCAGCAAGUAUUAGGUACUAUAAUCAUAAGUCCCUACAUAACGACAUGUUUACUGAGCUAGUGAUGAUUUUAGGUAAAUUAGCUUGAACAUCAGUUAGAAGGCUUAUUAGGGAGAUUAGCUGAUUCUAGAUUAAUUCCGUUGGCGCAUGGCGUUGUUCGAAUAAGGGGCUUAUUGCGUAGUGACAAAGGUUGGACGUAAUUGGUUUGGUGGAAGUGGUCAGUUGGAUUGCUAUGUCAUACUGACUAGGCGUUCCUGCCCUACGUUACCAUGGCUCCCCUGAGCAAAACAUCAUUGUUCACAACCAUAACGCUUAUGGUAUAAAUCAGUUGUUUCUCACAAGGCAGCCUGUAGUGGGUUGUAGCGCGUCAAACAAAUAUUAUAUUUAUAAAAUAUUACUUUAUUUUCACUGGUAUUGGCUUAAAAUUAAUUUCACCGUAGCGAAAUUUAACAUCAAAAGAGCUUUAAUCUUUGUGUUAUUGUUUUGUUCAUGUAGUGUUAUUAUUUUAAAAUCGAACAUUGUAGAUGUAUUGCCAUUACUAUUACUGUGAUAUCGCAACUUUCAAAUGACAUUCUCCUGGGUACAAUAAACAGAUUUAUUAUUGUUUCGUUUUCGUAAACAAUUUAGUUUUAUAGAUUUUGUGUUUAUAAGUAAGUAUAAUAAAAUAUUCAAACUGGGGCAGUGUAUGGAUAAAACCGUCGUUGAAAAAAUACAUUCUGCUAACAACGCGGCGGCCCGGUCGAAAAGUAGCAGAAUGCCCACGUUGCCGAUCAAGCUAUAUUACCUGCCUCCGUCGCCGCCAUGUCGUGUGGUCAUGAUGGCUGCUCGAGUCAUGGGCAUAGAGCUGGACUUGAUACUCACGAACAUCAUGGAGGGAGCGCACAUGACCCCAGAGUAUCUUAAGAUGAACCCCCAGCACACCAUACCAACAAUGGAUGACAAUGGAUUCAUUCUAUGGGAGAGUCGAGCCAUCAUAGCUUACUUAGCGAACGCGUAUGGCAAAGAUGACAGUCUGUACCCGAAGAACCCGCGCCUCCGGGCGAUUGUUGACCAGAGGCUCAACUUCGACAUCGGCACCUUGUUCCAGAGAUACAUGCAAGUCUAUGCACCCAUGCUGUUCCAUGGUGAAGAAUUCGAUGAAGAGAAGGCGGAGAAGCUUAACGAGGCUCUUGGCUGGUUCAACAACAUGCUAGACGGCAAGGCUUUCGUCGCUGGAGACAACAUGACCAUCGCUGAUAUUUCCAUCAUUGUCAUCAUCACUAAUUUGGAUGCCUUUGGUUUCGACAUGAGCGCUCAUGAAAAUGUAAUGAAGUGGUUCGAAAGGAUGAAGAAGGAACUGGAGCCGUAUGGCUACAUGGAGAUCGAUCACGCCGGAGCACAAAUAUUAGCCUCCUUCUUAAAGAAGGAUUAGAUUUAAUUAUACAAUUUACAACUUAGCUUGUUUAAUAGUUACAGGUCCCGUUAUGGAAAUAAAUUGGUUUCCCACAAUCGA